GAUCAGGGCGAGCAGAGCACCCUGAGGCUGAGCGCCGCCGCAAGAUCCACCCACACGCGUCCUCCCGCUCCACCACCUUCCACCGCCCCGCCAUAGCCGCCGCAGCUUCGCCGUGCACCUCCUCCAUGGCCACCGGAGAGGCGCCGCCCCCCGACCAUGGCCACCACGAGAUCCCCGCUCGUGGCAAGCCACUCACCCCGCAUCCUGGGUUCUCCAUGGCCGUUAGUUCUCUGCGCGAAGGUAGUCUUCGGGAUGAACGCUCUCAACGGCCGUGAGCCGGACGGCAAGUCUUAUAUGGGAGGGAACUGGGACAUGACAAAUGCAGCAUCGUUCAUCAAGUACACCGUCAGUAAGGGCUACGACAUCCAUGGUUGGGAGCUCGGAAAUGAGCUCGGAGGCAAGGCAGUCGGCACCUUGAUCGCGGCUGACCAAUAUGCUAAAGACGUGACCUUUCUGAAAUGGGUCGUCGAAGAUACUUACGAGGACAGCCCAUCGAAGCCGCUGCUGCUCGCUCCGGGAAGCUUCUUCGACAAAGACUGGUUCAGUGAGUUCAUCACCAAAACCAGUCCAGAUACCGUCAGUGUGGUCAGCCACCACAUCUACAAUCUGGGGGCAGGAGUAGAGACCGGCCUCGUCAAGAGGAUCCUCAACCCCUCUUACCUCGACGGGGUGGCGAGACAAUUCAGUGAUCUCCAGGAGUUGCUGAAAACCGCAGGGUCGUCGGUCGUCGCGUGGGUCGGCGAGGCUGGAGGGGCUUACAACAGUGGCCACCACCUUGUCACUGACGCGUUUGUGUUCAGCUUCUGGUACCUGGACCAACUUGGCAUGUCAGCGAAGUACAACACAAAGACUUACUGCAGGCAGAGCUUCAUUGGUGGCAACUAUGACCUGCUCAACACAACAACAUUCCAACCAAACCCUGACUACUACAGUGCGCUACUAUGGCAUCGCCUGAUGGGAACCAAAGUUCUAGAUGCCAAAUUCAGCGGCACCACCAACCUGAUCCGUGCCUACGCACAUUGUGCGAAGAACUCGUCAGGCAUCAGUUUGUUGUUGAUGAACCUGCACGGCAACGCCAGGAACGAUGUGUCCUUGACAAGUGAGGAGCUGCUUGUAGUUGACGCGUCUGGAGUCACGAGGGAGGAGUACCACCUCCUCCCUGAAGGUGGCGACAUUCACAGCCAGGUGAUGCUGCUCAACGGAAGGGCCUUGACCACCGAUGCGGACGGGAACAUCCCUAGGAUGGAGCCCAUCAUUGUGCAUGCAGCGCAGCCCAUUGCCAUUGCGCCUCUGUCCAUCGUCUUUGCCCACAUGCCCAAUUAUUAUGCCCCUGCGUGUAGUUAAGGGCUUUUGGUGUGGUUUUUGUUGUUCUUGUUGUUAUAGAUGGGGAUAAGAGUGGCUAGAACAUCAGCAUAGAGCACACAGUCCCUCUGCUUGGAACCAGACCGUCUGAUGUAAAAAAGAACUACAUCCAGAGCCAUCUUUGGCAUUGUUGGGCAAGUUCAGUUCUGGGCAACAACUGACAUUGUUCAGUUUGGCAUCUCUUUUGUUCAGUUCACCUGCAAGGUCACUGUUCAAGUGUCACUUCUCAUGUUCAUUGUGACUCGUAGUCGUAGGUCAUUGUAGUCUUGGAAGGGCGUGCUGUUGAUUCACACUUCUCAGAUUACAAUAUACAAGGUUCACAUACACAGAA